AUGGCGUGGCACAGUAAUUCUAGACCAGCCUAUCCACACCAGGAUGAUCUACUGACAUCAAGCUCAUGUACAUAUAGUACAGUCUCUGAUACCUCGGAUCUGGCAUCAACUGUAACCAGGGAGAGUUCCAGGGAGACCUCAAGUGAAACCUCAGACUCCAAUAUGCCAGACACACAGAAAUUGCUUGAACAGAAAUAUGGUGUUGAUAUGAGUGUGUAUUCCCAGAUAGAGGAUCUGACACAUUUAGUAGGGCCACUUACAGAGGACAGUGUCCUAAGGUGUCUACAGGCUCGAUUCUACUCCCAGCAUUACCAGAAUAAGGUUGGACCUGUUGUGAUCUCAGUGAACAGCUAUCAGCACCGACCAAGCUGCCAGGCCCUGUUGGGGCCAGUCAAGGCUAGUGCCCUUCUACAAGGGGUUGUCAGGGAUGCAGUCACACAGCACGCAGACACAGGGCACUCCCAGGCCAUUAUUGUCAGUGGGGAGAGUGGAAGUGGGAAGACAUUUUGUGCAAUGCAGUUACUACGUCAGCUGUUUGACAUUGCUGGCGGAGGGUCAGAGACCGAUACUUUCAAGCACCUGUCAGCCACCCUGACUGUUCUUCAGUCUUUGUGUUCAGCCACGACUGUCACUAACCCUGAGUGUAGCCGAGUGGGAAUGUUCAUCGAGAACUUUAUAACAGACACUGCCAUCUACAGGGCUAAGAUACAUGCAUAUCUCCUGGACAGGGAAAGAGUGUGUAACAUUCAACGCUAUGAAAAAAACUACCACAUAUUUUAUCAGAUGUUGAUUGGUCUCGGAUCUGAAGAGAAAGCUAAGCUGCACCUGACUGGAUACUCCAUUCACAACCUUCGCUACCUCAGUUCAGGAAGCACACUGCAGAAUGAAUUGGAGGACAAAGCACGGUUUGAAGCUUGGAAGAGUGCCCUGUCAAUCUUAGGGAUUCCAUUCUCAGAUGUUAUGAGAGUGUUUUCUGCUGUCCUCCUGUUGGGAAAUAUUGAGUUUGUAGAAGGCACUGGUUUAGAGCUGGACCUGAUUGGCAACAAUGAAAUCAAGGCUGUAGCUGCCCUGUUGGGAGUGUCUGGGGUUGCCCUGUACCGUGGCUUUACCACUCGGACCAGAAAUUCUCGAGGACAAGUCUGCAAGUCACUGGCAGAUGUCACCAUGGCAAAUACAACGAGAGAUGCCCUGAGCAAGGCCCUCUACUUCAGAACAGUGUCAGCAAUAUUAAAGCGUGCCAACAGCAUCAGGAGACCUACCAGUAAUUCUACGCUGUCAGACAGCACAGAAUCUAAUCUUCAUCAAGAUGCCCUGGGACUGUCUGGGGUGAGAAACAUGCCUCUGAGUCGGAACCCAUCUCUGACAAGCAGUGUGUGUAGUAACCUGAGUAAGAAGACCAGAUUAGAUGGUUUCAUCAGUAUUGUAGAUAUGUUUGGAUUUGAGACAGCUGAGUGUAAUCGACUGGAACAACUCUGUAUAAAUCUGUGUGCAGAAACCAUGCAACAUUUCUACAAUACCCAUGUGUUCAAGAGCACCAUGCAGUCUCUCAGAGAGGAAGGUGUGCAAGCUGAUGUGGAAGUCACUUACUUUGACAAUGAACCAAUCCUAGAGCUUCUCUCAUCCAAGAGGAGCGGCUUAAUCAAUAUACUGGAGACAGAAUGUGCUCAGCCACGAACAUCACCGGACACUUUUGUCAGCAAGGCCAAAGUCCACCAUAGGAUCAACAACUAUUUUUUUGAACCGCUACCCAAGGCAUCGUGUGUGUUUGGUAUCCGCCAUUUUGCUGGCCGUGUGGUGUAUGAUGCCUCUAACUUCCUAACCAACAAUCGUGACCAGCUUUCUGAUGACAUCAUUUGUAUCCUCUCCAAACAGAACUGUAACUUUGGGUUUGUGUCCCACUUGUUUGCUCGGGAGACUAAGAGCUCUAGUAGUAGUGGACCAGGACCUAAAGGCAUGAAACACAGAAUACUGCCAUCAUCAGGACACUAUGGAUCAGAAGAAGUUCGAGGCACUCUGUCCAGUGACUUCCAGAGCAAGCUUGACAGUCUAAUUAGAACCUUGGUCCACACAAAACCACACUUCAUUCACUGUCUCAAGAGUAAUGAUCGCUGUGAAAUGGACAUGUUUGACAAGGACGUCAUUCUUCGGCAGUUAAGGUCACUUCAAGUUCUGGACACCGUCCAGCUGAUGGCAGGAGGUAUUCCACACAGAAUGAGGUACAAGUCCUUCAACCACCGCUACACAAUCUUCCUUCACCACUGGAAUCCUUACCAGACUAGUUCACAACAGGAACACUGUAAGGCAAUACUGAACAGUUUCCUGAAGGCCAUGGAUGACAGUAAGCUCCCUUAUGUCAGUACACAAUGGACUCUGGGCAAGAAACAUAUCUUCUUCAGUGAAGGGACUCGACAACAGUUGGAGGCCAUGAGAGCUGAGAAGUAUGAUAAAGCAGCAUGCCGUAUACAAGCCACUUGGAAGGGCUAUCACCAGCGUAAACUGUGGCCAGAAAAACGGAAACAUCUCCAGGCACAACAGGGCACCUCAAAGGCAACAUACCCAGUACAGAGAAAAAGAAGUAAAACAAAAGACAAUGGACCAAAGAAAGACCCUCGAUUACUCCAGCAAGCUUCAAACUACUACAAAAUAAGCCUGGAAGCAGCACCAGCUGUCCCCGCCACCAGGUCUUACAACGUGGCAGGAAAUGUACGACUGAGCUACCCACAAUUCAGAAUCAUGAAGGAUGAUUUUCCAAAAUUGGCCAGUGAUGGUAAUGUGUUAUGGCGAGGUGAAGAGGUGAAAGUCAUAGGUCCAGCAUCAGCUAGAGGCCAUCUUAAGGUGCAGCGCAAGGAUGUAUGUCUAGAUGUGCCCUAUCACUUGUUAGAUUUAAAGACUGUCCCAGCUCCAGUUGGUAUGGACAUAUGA